ACAGCGCCAGGCCCUGCCCCUCCUUCACAGGCUCUGUGUGUCUCUAAAGGGCAACACAGAGUGACAGCCAGUACCAUCUCCGACAGGGGCCGAGUGGCUGGAGCUGAGCCCGGGUGGGGGAGAGAGCCGGCAGGCCCAGCCUUGCACCCACCAUGGGACCUGCCAAGCCCCCGAAUGGUCGGCAGUCUGCGCGUUGCAGCCAGUGCUGCCUGGGCAGCCUAUGAGUACACGGUGAAUCCUGAGCGCUCGAAUGGCCAACACCACGGAAUUGAACGCCACAGAAGUCGCAGGCUCGGUGGGGCUAGUCCUGGCGGCCGUCGUGGAGGCGGUGGCACUGCUGGGUAACGGCACGCUGUUGGCGGUGGUCCUGCGCACACCAGGACUGCACGACGCGCGCUACCUGGCUCACCUGUGCGUCGUGGACCUGCUGGCGGCCGCCUCCAUUAUGCCACUGGGCCUGCUGGCCGCGCCGCCGCCCGGGUUGGGCCGCGUGCGCUUGGGCCCAGCCCCAUGCCGCGCGGCACGCUUCCUCUCCGCGGCAUUGCUGCCGGCCUGCACCCUCGGCGUGGCCGCGCUCGGCCUAGCGCGCUACCGCCUCAUCGUGCACCCGCUGCGGCCCAGCGCGCGGCCGUCGCCUGCACUCGUGCUCGCCACCGUGUGGGCCGCCGCCGGGCUGCUGGGCGCGCUCUCCUUGCUCGGGCCGCCGCCAGCACCGCCCCCUGCCCCCGCGCGCUGCUCGGUCCUGGCCGGCGGCCUCGGGCCUUUUCGGCCGCUCUGGGCGCUGCUGGCCUUCGCGCUGCCCGCCCUCCUCCUGCUCGGCGCUUACGGCAGCAUCUUCCUUGUGGCACGCCGCGCCGCCCUGGGGCCCCCGCGACCCCUGCGGCCCGCCAGUGGGUCCCGACAGCGCUCUGACUCUCUGGACAGUCGCCUCUCCAUCCUGAUGCCCCUCCGGCCUCGCCUGCCUGGGGGCAAGGCAGCCCUGGCCCCAGCGCUGGCCUUAGGCCAAUUCGCAGCCUGCUGGUUGCCCUAUGGCUGCGCGUGCCUGGCGCCCCCUGCGCGUGCCGCAGCGGCCGAAGCCUCUGUCACUUGGGUGGCCUACUCGGCCUUCGCAGCUCACCCCUUUUUGUACGGCCUGAUGCAACGCCCAGUGCGCCGGGCGCUAGGCCGCCUUGCCGGCCAAGCGCUGCCCCGGCCGCUGCGGGCCUGCACUCCGCAGACCUGGCACCCUCGGGGACUCCUUCAGCGCCUCCAGGUACCACGGAAGGACCCCGCCCUAGCUCAUUCUCUGGCCCAAGAACAGGCCCCUGAGUUUGUGGGAGAGGGCAGCUUGAGCAUGGCAGAGGCUACCUGAAAAGAGAUCUUCCUGAGCUGAACUGGGACUGGAGAAAGAAGGGCAGCAUCGGAGGGGGCCCACCCAACUGGUCUUCACAGGUAUCCUGCCUGGACCUCUGGCUCCAGAACAGGAGGAAAAAGGGUAUCUGCAGCCUGGUGAGGCCCAGAGGCUUCUGGGAGCCAGGGAUCCUGGUUCUGGGCCCAACUCACAGACCUACUCUUCCCAGGGUCUGGUUUUCCAGCUGUACCCUGAACCAUCUCUAAGGUUUGUGACUCUCAUGGGAUUUCCCCAGACCAAGAGAGGAGAGAAGGUGGGCAGGGUCACAGAGCAGGCCAAGGAAAGAGAAGAGCCUUAGGGGCUCACCGCCAAAGGGACAGGCCCCAAGCAGGACAAGGCUCAGGUUACAGCCGCAAGAGGAGGAACCGGUAGCGAGACACUUAAAAGGACUUCCCAGCCAUCACCUUCUGAGAUGUCCAGAAAACAAACGGAUCAGUUUGAUGCCAGAGACAGGAGGCUGGAUGACAUGACCCAAAGGACCCCAAAGCCCCAGGGCUGGCAUGUGGAAAGUGCUGAGGCCCAGCUGGGAGUCCUCCAGGGCCUCAAAGCACCCAUUCUCUGGAGGUUUUACCACCCCAACCCCUACAGUGUUUUACAGCUUCCUGGUUGCUGAGAAUAUUUAUUCAAAAACAGGGAUUGAAAAAACUGUA